AAAAUAAUUAACGUUCAAAAAAUGAAAGAUGGCAUCGGUGUAUCCUGGUAUGAAGCCGAUGCUGGAGUUUGUGGGAGUCCCAGAGCAAGUGAAGGGUCGCCCCAGGAGGCGAAGAUGCGCUGUAAAGACUCCCAAGAACCCUAGAGUGAAGUCAGUGCCUCUAGAAGGGAGCCAACAGCCGGACAUCAAGUGGGUCUCACCUCAGUUUAACAUUGAAGUAGGAGUAGGUCGUGCUCACAGACCAAGAGCCAGGAGAGGUGUUCUGGAGAUUAAGACAAGCAAAAGAGCUGUUCAGUCGUUGCAAUUUGAUGAUGAAGACAGUCCCCAUAUUUCAAUCUACCCCAGCCUUGCCCCUCACCUUAUGAACAAACUGGAAACAAAUCAAACUUUGAGUACACAGAAAGCUGACGAUAAAACCGUUCAUCAAAAAACUUGCCAAUCAUUUAAUAUGGACAAUUUUUCUACAGACCAGACAGUUCCUGACUUGACCGAUUCGUGUUCACAGCAAGGUAUGGAGGACUCAGACGAGACAACUGAAGAGAUAGCUGAGCUCAGUGAUCUGGUGGGGAGCAUGUCUCUCGAGAAUGCAACUAAGUCUAUCCACACUACACUGCCUCAUGUGGACAUUACUGACCCUGGUAAUGAAACUGAUCUCUCUGUCCCAGGACAUGAAGACGUCUAUUCUCACAUCAAUCCAGACAGAGGAAAGGUUGUUGAGGACAAGAAUCUAAUGGAACACUGUCACAUACAAGUAACAAAAACUGUCAAUCAAACUUUUGUACCCAACAGUUCUCAAAUGGUACACUCAUCUCAAUCAUUGAAUAUGCUUAAGAGGACGAGAACCUUUCAACCACCCUCCACCAGUACACCCAAUCGUCAUGGAGACACCUCACUCCCCCAUCAAACCACCCCUUACAUUGACCACUCCACCAAACGAUAUGACUCAACCACCCAACUGUCAUCACCUUCCCUAAGCUCUGACUUUAUGCUCCAACUAACGGCCACGACCAACAGUCACUACGAUGAACAAUUGGAUAGUUAUGAUACCAACGGCGAGGAAAGCGAUGGAGAUGAUGACAGUGGCUUUAUUCUGGCCACUGAAACUCCACAGCAUCUGUGGCGCUCCCCUCAAGUGAAAGUUAUAGACAGUACUUUUUCAUAAUUCUGUCCUGAAUCAUUCCACAUUGUUUACAUGUCAUUAGUCUC